AUGCACAUUGGCUCAAGAACAGCUAGCUCCUCGUUCGGCACCUUGAAAUCCUUUACUCUGUUGCAAAUUGCGCAAACCUUUGGCUGGUACAUCUUCUCAGCAUGGUGGUUCACCGUGGUAUACGUAUGGUCUUCUUCGAAUGAUUCCAACCUCGAGCUUGUGAAACGGGGCAGGCCACACGAGCGACCGACCCUGAACGAAAGGCCGAUUUAUCUUCAUUCCUUCCAUGCGUUUCUAGCAUGCGUGCAAGCUGUGUUUCACCUAUACAACGACUACGACCGCAUUGCAGUGCCAAUCGCGGAGAAAUGCACCAAAAAAAAUGAUCAGCGUACCCACCCAGUACUACCAACAUCCAAGUAUCUUCGGGGUGCUCUACUGCCAGAAUUGGCAGCCGGGGCUUUCAGAAGCAUCACAGUUGCUGGAGCAUCUCUCGUCAUAUACCCGAUGUUUUUCAGAAGCUUUGCGUGGAGCUGGUCUUUGUAUUUUGCCAAGCUCUUUUGGAGCUUCCCAAGAUCUGCAGCUGAACCUCAGAGCUUCAUUCCAUCGAUUUUCCCCUACUUCUUCUUCAAAACUCUGAUCCCAGGAGCUAUGCUUGUACUUUCCUGGCAAACGGCGAAUCUCUUCUAUUCUGUGUUCAUCGGCAAGGAGCCUUCGAAGCGGGGCCAGCCACUCACUACAGAAGCCAAGGAUCCCAACGGCAGUCUUCUUAGCGGCCUUAAGGCGAGGAAGGAAAUUGUCAAGACUUUCGCACUCUGGGAACUCAGUCUCAUUAGCCAGCGCGUUCCGGACCGCCGGAAGGCAAUUUUCAACGAUAUUGAACGCGAGGGUGGUUCGGCUUGGUCCCAAGUACUCGCUUGCACUACCGAUGUAAUCAAGGCCAUCAAUACUCGCAUCGAGGAAAGCAAAAACCCCGCGCCAGUUACCAACUCUUUGCCACAAACUAAGAAAUCUGAACCUGUUCUUCAAAUUCUCCCGCGACUCUCAGAACCGAUCAAAGAUGAAAACAUCUUCACCACGGCGCCGAAGGCUGCUUCACGCCAGGACAAAUUUGGCGAUGCGUUUAGCUCGGCGGCUAAAUCCUUCGGUCAGUCAGAAGACUGGACUCCAACAGCACGAGCCCGAGUCCGCGACGCUUUUGACCGGGCAUCAUCAGCAAUGCUCAGCCCUGAGCAGAAACAGAAAUAUCUCGGCUCUACUCAGAAGUUCAAGCUCUUGGCUGGCGGCCCCUACGCCUCUCAUACACCCAAGGACAUGAACCCAAUUCUGGCGCGGAUUCUUCGUUCGCCUAUCGGCCAACCUCUCUGUCAAACUUACGCUCAACGCCUCUCUUCCAUUGUCCUUGGCACACCAGAGUCCUCUCUUUCCUUGAUUGUAGAUGCUGUGGAGUCGUUGACUCGACUUCUCAUAGCCAGCUUGGCUGAAGACCCUUACGGAAAAGUUCAGGCUGAUGUGCCUUCGGUUGUGCGACUUCUGACGCGAACCGUCCUCACCCUGGAUGCAUUUGCCCACCAGGGUGGAUUGGAUGCCCACUGGACCGAUAUAAACUUUCCCCCAUCUAGCGAUCCCCAAGCGCAAGCAGUUGCCCGUCGGAUUCCCGAUGUUGAAAUUGUGCUUUCUGCACUCCGUGAUGGUCUCAAGGAUCUACUGGCGGCUUUCAGGCCUUACUUGCGGGAUAUCGGUAUCGCAGGCAAGGAUCUGAGACUAGCAAAGGAGGCAGCUGGCAUCGACGGGGAGGAGGUCUCAUGA